AUGAAUUCAGAAUAAUAAGAUAGUAAUAAAUCACCAAAGGCCAAUUUGGAAUUAUUUAUAAGAAACUGGUGGUAAUAAUUAUUAUUUGGGACUAAACUUGUAAUUGGAAUUUCAUGGUUAUUUGGUUUUAUUGAUCUUUUGAGCAAUUUUGCCUUUGAUUUAUUCAGCAAUUCUCCACAAUAAACAAUACCUUUUUAAAUUUAGAGAUUAUUCUUUUCACAAUUUGUUCAUUGUAUAUAUCCAUUUAAGUAAUUUGAUAGAUUAUACAAUUGAUUUAUUACUUGUUAUUAUAUGCGUGUAUAAAAAAUUUGAAGAAUUAGAAUCUAAGUAUUCAACUGUUAUUUUCAUUAUUUUAAUUCUUGUAAUAGGAAGUCUCACUCAAGUAUAAAUUUAAAUAAUUAGUUUAUAUGUGUUUUACUUUAAUGGAUAUUAUCAUUUAUUUAUUCUCCAUUUUAUUAAAUAAAAGCUUACGGAUUAUGGAAUUUUUAUAUUUUUUGCGUAAUCUAAGAGUACUCUAUUUUUAAUAGUUUUUUAGAUGUUUAGCUACUCCAAAUGGAUAAAGUUUAUUUUUAAUUUUUCCUAUGCAAUUAAAAAAUAAAUACUAUCCUAUUAUUUUAAUUAUCUUUUUUACUCUAAUUUAAUAAUCAUUGACAUUCAUUUCAACAGGAUUUGUAUCAUUUAUAUUUUAUCUAUUUCAGAAUCAUCUUAAUUAAAUUCAUCAUUCUGUAUAAAAAUAAUAUUCUAUUUUAGACAAUUGAAAGAAUUGAAAAAAGUUUCCCUUUGAAAUUCUUUAUAGAAAGAAAUGAUUUUAAAAAAGUUACAAAUUAUUAAGAUUAAUUAGAACCAAGUGUUGAUGCAAGGGAAUUAUAAUCUGUAGAAACACCACCUGCAAAGUUUUAUAUAUAUUACAUUUUAGAUUAGCUUUAUAAGGCAUUCCAUAAUAAUUCAGGUCAUCUCUAGUUUUAAAUGAAUUAUAACAAGAUAUGAAUUAAAAAGAGAAUGAAUGUGAAUAACCUAAUUAAGAAGAAGAUGAAGAGAAAAAAUAGAAUGAAUCAAAUCCAUCAACUUAAUUUGUGUGA